AUGAAGUGCGUGCUCAUGACUGUGCUGCGAGUGGCAGAGGAUGUGCCUUUGGGGCUCAGCAGUGACGAUGAACAACGCGAAUCGGUUGCAGGUCUCGACUUGCCCGCUGCCCUGGGUUCAGCCAUGCGGGUCACACGCCAUCCAUCCUUCGAGGGCCGACAACGCACUCGGAGAACUAGUGGCAGUCAACAAGAUUUGCAACGCACAGGCGUCGCACGUCCCAUGAAGCGCACGAUCACCCGUGCACCCUUGAACAAGUAUCACCAGCUUCCAAAUAGUGCCAAGCUCAACGCGCUCGCGAUCCUCGGAGAACGGCCAACGACUGCUGAAGUCAACGAGGUGGCUCGUCAUGUCGGGGUGGCACCCGGCUCCGUGCGUUAUUGGAUGAAGCAGAAGCACUCUUUGCUCGAGCGGGAGCCCACUCAAAAACGCCCGCGUCAAGGAGAAAACGGACGCCCUCUCUCUUUGUCUCGUCGAGAGCUACUAGCCCAUGCUGCCCAGAUUCAGGAGGGGCUGCAUCGCGCUGAUGAGGCGCAACCCGCCAUACUCCAAGGAGGAGAUGCGUGGAUUGAUCGCUUUCUGCGGCGGCAUGCACUUACCAGGGUCAAGUGCCAUGGGCAGGCUAUCUCAAUUGAUCAAGGUGCUCGUGACACAGAGCUGCUUCAAUUUGUUAACGACCGCACGGCAUUCGGGGCUCCAUUGGAAAACAUUUUCAACAUGGACGAGACUGAACUAUUUUACCAGGCCACGCCCAAGUACACAAUCGCCCCAAUAGAACACCAGUGCCUGGUGCAGGGCGUGCAGGACGUGCAGAGCACGAGCCGCGUCACGGUCAUUGCUUGUGCCAGCGCCACGGGCGAACGUAUGCCUCUUACGGUCAUUGGCAAAUCUGCGAGGCCGACGUGCUUCAAGCGCGAGGGCGUACGGCCUCAAGACUUUGGUGUUCGCUAUGUUGGACGAACAAAGAGUUGGACUGCGAUCAACAUUUGCUACACCUGGAUCACGGAUAGCUUCAUUCCGUGGUCUCAUGAUCGUCUGUUCGAUCGGAAGGAGCACGUUGUUCUGAUUUGGAACAGCGCGCCAGCUCACAUGCUUACGAAGGAAAUGCUUGAGGACAUCGAUCACCGAUCAGAAGGACGGUUACAUUGUCUAUUUCUACCGAAGAACACGACGGCACAGCUGCAGCCUCUUGACCAGGGUGUAAUUAGCACCUUGAAGAAUCGCUAUGUGCGGUUAUUGUCUGCCAAGAAAUGGGCAUGGUCCAAUUGGGACGAACUGCGCGAAGCAGGGAGUCGCAUGUCAACGCCGGGCUGCAGCUUCGCGUAUACCCCAAACAUGCUCGAUGUUUGUCGGUUGCUCGCCACGGCUUGGCAAGAUGUGAGCCGAGAAGCCAUUAUUCACUGUUGGACCCGAGCCGACUGCCUCCCAGAGCAUUUGACGACAAGUCUUCGAGAAGCAGCGACCAACGGCCAACAACAACUUGAUGAGAUGCGCAGAGAGGACGAAGAGGCCAUUCACGAGCUGACAAGUGCGCUCGCCAAGAGCAUGCAAAGACUAUCAUCCCCGUCACCCGUUACAGCUUCUCAGGCCGAUCUUCCCCGCUUGCAAGAGAGCAGCAACACGCCCACUCAUGCAUACGUAGUGGAGGUUCAAUCACUUGACAUGAUGUAUAGGGAACACGAGCGUAUCCUGGCCCACUUGACCGCUGACGAGGAGAUGGAUACAACCAUUGAGGACGACACCACUUCAACGCGCUCCAAUUCUCCAUGUCUGCCUGACACCGAGGCGCUGCGCUUGCGCCAAGCAUUAUCCCCAAUUCGCAAACAGCUUGGCCUCUCAAAACGUGACUUCAUACGACGUCUCGCGGCUGAAUACGACGAGACUGAUCUCUUGCAGUUGGCAUUGUGUUCUUCCUGCCUGUGUGUGCUUUUGCAUCAUCGCCCCGAAAUCCACUCGAAGUCGAAUUCAUUCUAUAGACUACUACUGCUCGCACAGUGA